UUGUAGUCUGCUAGGAACAGUUGUACUACGGUGUUGGUGUCAGUAGCUUAGCUGUCAGUGUUGUGUCGCACUGAACAUUAUUAUUGUUGUCUGUGGCUUCCCUGUGUAUCACUUAAGUUGAAAAAAUUGUCUGUGUGUGUGUGCAUAUACAUAAGCAUACAUACAUACAGUUUUGCCUCAGUGUCUGUGUAUUAUUUGAAGAAAUCGUGUUCAUGUUUGACAAGAUGGUGGCUGGAGGGGAAUGCAGGUUCAGAUGAUGUAAAGAGUCACUAAAGAGAUGAAAGAGCUAUACAAAUGGCUAUCGUAUAAGAUGCAUGGCUUGGCACGACAGAUCCUGCGCCCCGGGCCCCUGGGUGGAACCCCCCCAGCUCUCCACCCAAACAGACCACCUGCAGACCAGUACCCUAGAAGACAGAAAACUGUUUGUGGGCAUGCUCAAUAAACAACAGACAGAAGAAGAUGUCCGACAGUUGUUUCAGCCAUUUGGGACGAUUGAAGAAUGCACCAUACUAAGAGACCAAAAUGGAAACAGUAAAGGAUGUGCCUUUGUCAAGUAUUCCUCUCAUGCAGAAGCACAGGCAGCCAUUAAUGCAUUACAUGGAUCCCAGACCAUGCCAGUAAUACCAGGACCUCUACAAAAGGGUGCAUCCUCCAGUAUUGUUGUGAAAUUUGCAGACACGGAGAAGGAACGGCAACUACGUAAAAUGCAGCAGAUGGCAGGAAACUUGGGGUUGCUGAACCCUUUCGCUCUCACACAUGCGUACGGGGCUUAUUCACAAGUGAACCUAAUGCAGCAGCAAGCGGCGAUCAUGGCUGCAGCAGCAGCACAGGGCAGUGCAUACAUUAAUCCUGUCACAUCGUUGACACACCUGGGCCAAGUGGGAACAUUACCAAAUGGGAUCUCUCCGCAGGCAAUGGCACAAGCAGGUUCUGGAUUGGUUCCCGUGACAACAGCGACUGCUGUGAACGGAGGUCCACCAACCAUGCUGUCGCCCACUGUUGCCUUUGCUGCUGUUCCUACAUCCAAUGGACCAGAUAUUUACCCUAAUGGCAUACCACAGUAUGCGGCAGGUCAGAAUGUUCCCCCUUCCCAUCCUGGUGACCCCUUGCAGCCCGUGUACACAGGAGUUCACCCACAGUAUGGCGGAAUAGCUUACCCAGCUGCGUACGCUGCAGGUCAGUUCCAACAAGUUCUUGCUCAGCACCCCGCCAUUGCAGUCCAAGCACAAAAAGAAGGUCAGGAUCCCUACAAUGCCAACGUGUAUAUGUACCCUGUUGUUGCCCAGCCUGCCAGUGAGAAAGAGCACACCCCAGGCUCCAUGCCUGUUGACCCAUUGCAUGCUGGGAUUACCCACCCAGGUCAACAAGAAUUUGAAAGAAGAUUUGGAAAUAGGACGGGGCCAGAAGGCUGUAACUUAUUCAUCUACCAUCUUCCCCAAGAAUUUGGUGAUGCCGAGCUAGCGCAGAUGUUUAUGCCGUUUGGUAACGUGAUCAGCGCUAAAGUGUACGUGGAUCGUGCAACCAAUCAGAGCAAGUGUUUUGGUUUUGUGAGCUUUGAUAAUCCCACAAGUGCCCAGGCUGCUAUCCAGGCUAUGAAUGGUUUCCAGAUUGGAAUGAAACGCCUGAAAGUGCAGCUUAAACGACCCAAGGAUGCCAAUCGCCCAUAUUAGGAAGCAGACAAAAAUUGAUUGAUUACACAAAUGGUUGCCUACCACUUCCAAGACUUGGUUGUUCAAACAGACAGUGACGAAAGGACUAGAAAUUCACAGAACAUUCAAAAACUAAAGGACCUCUGUACAGAAGGACAACCCUUUGAAUCAGAUAUUUUCUCAAAAAAGUAAUCAAAAAACUCUUAUAUAGUUUUCCUCUUUAUUCAAAAAUGUCUCACCACUUGGAGUUUUGUGAGAAGCAGCCUGUGUAAAUAGCACUUUAAACCUGAAGAAUUUGACUGUAAGUUGUUCUCUGCUAUCUGGAAUAUGGAAAAAAGCCAGGCUGGACCAUUGUUAUAGAGAUAUUAAAGGCAUCUGAUGAUAACACAGUUUGAAAUACAUGCGUUUUACUUAGGGGAGGAUAUUUGGUUACACAGUCAUCAUUAUCCAUUGAUGGAUUGUAAAUAGUUCCUAAAUGAUGAGGUUAGCUAGUCAGGUGUAAUUAUAAUCACAUCACCUGAGUGGUAGAGAAAAAUAUGUUUAGACUUUUUCGAGUUUUAAAGACUUUAAAAGUUAUUUAUCAUUUUACAAAUUGAAUAAU